AUGGCUUCCUCUCCUCAGCCAGUUCAGAACGAGGUCGUGUCCGAACGGCGUCCCCUGCUGACGCCGACGCCCGGCGACGAACUGCACGACCUGCUGUGCGUCGGCUUCGGCCCUGCCUCGCUGGCGAUCGCGAUUGCCCUGCACGAUGCUCUGGAUCCCAACCUCAACCCGGCGGCCCGGCGUGGCUGGUCGCCCAAGGUGUGUUUCCUCGAGCGUCAGAAGCAGUUUGCCUGGCACUCGGGCAUGCUGGUGCCCGGCUCCAAGAUGCAGAUCUCCUUCAUCAAGGACCUGGCGACCAUGCGCGAUCCGCGCAGCAAGUUCACCUUCCUCAACUACCUGCAUUCCAAGGACCGAUUGAUCCAUUUCACCAACCUGGGCACCUUUCUGCCCGCCCGCCUCGAGUUCGAGGACUACAUGCGUUGGUGUGCGGGGAGCUUCGGCGACGUGGUCGCCUACGGCGAGGAGGUCACCGAGGUGAUUCCCGGCAAGUCCGCUGUCGACGGGGAAUCCCUCGUCGAUCACUUCACCGUCGUCUCGCGCAAUGUCGAGACCGGCGAGGUGACGAGUCGUCGCGCCCGCAAGGUCGUCGUCGCCGUCGGCGGCUUGGCCAAGAUGCCCCCCGGCUUCCCGACCGACCCUCGCAUCAUCCACUCCUCCAAGUACUGCACCACCCUGCCCACCGUCUUGACCGACAAGAACAAGCCCUACCACAUCGCCGUCGUCGGCAGUGGCCAGAGUGCCGCCGAGAUCUUCUCCGAUCUGCAGCUGCGCUAUCCCAACGCCAAGACCACCCUCGUCAUGCGCGAUACUGCCCUCCGCCCGAGCGACGAUUCUCCAUUUGUCAAUGAAAUCUUCAACCCGGAACGCGUCGACCGGUUCUUCCAGCUGACGCCCGCGCAGCGCCAGCAGGCGAUUGCCUCGGACCGUGCCACCAACUACAGCGUCGUGCGUCUCGAGCUGAUCGAGCGCAUCUUCGAGGAAAUGUACAUCCAGCGCGUGCGCAAUCCCGACGAGACGACGUGGAAGCACCGCAUCCUGCCCUGCCGCCAGAUCACCCGCAUUGAGCACUACUCCAAGGACCAGAUGCGGGUCCACCUGGAGACCACGGGCGAGGCGGCCGACAACAAGCCCAAGAAACAGGACGUGCUGGACGUGGACGUCGUCAUGGUCGCCACGGGCUACCUUCGCAAUGCGCACGAGAACCUCCUGGCCGGCGUGCAGCAUCUCCGGUCUGCGAACACCCCCGUCUGGACCCCAGGCCGUGACUAUCGCCUUGCCCUCGACGGCGCCAAGGUGUCGUCGCAAGCCGGCAUCUGGCUGCAGGGUUGCAAUGAAAAGACCCACGGCCUCAGCGACAGUCUGCUGUCCGUGCUGGCCUCUAGAGGCGGAGAGAUGGUGGCCUCACUCUUCGGCGAGCAGCUGGAUCCGGUGCCGGCCACAAGGAUCCGCGCCAUGCUGUAG